ACACUUCAGAAUCCUGAGAAGGCCCCGCCCCUUCAAACACAUUGGCCUAUGACUGAUCUCUCCACUGCCCUCUUGUUUAGUCUGUUUGGAGUCAGAAAGGGAGAGGGACUCUUUUAAGGCUGCAAAACUAUGAGUUAGUCUUUCAUUGUUGUGGGAGUCAAACAGAUGAUUGAUCAUGUGGGAAUCACGUCUACCAAGGCAGGCACUGCUGGACCUUCAGGCUGAAGAGUGCUAAAUAUGCUUCACUGAGCCCAUAAGAAGUUACUCAAUCUGAUAAAAGCAGACAUGAGUGACAUGGUGGAAAACCUGGACACCAGGGACCUGGGCUUCUCAGAUGCUGAGGAUGAACCUGAAGAGGUGGACUGCGAGUUUAACCCCUCAGGAGCAUCCCGUAUCCCAUUCUCUGCCGUGUACAGGACAGUUGGUUUUAAAGAGACAGAGGCGCAGGUCUUUCUGACUGCUGUCCCUAUCACUGCUAAGAUCCUCGAUGUGGAACGCUUCACCAGGGCCCUGGACCGCUUCAACAUGUCCAAACACAGGACCGUGUCCAAGGCAAUGCCAGCCAUGUUUAAGAUAGAGCUCAAACAUGGGAACUUCACCUGGAUAGUCAAGAGAAAAGAGAAGCACUUCAUGGAGCUGCACAGAGAGCUUCUGCGAUACAAGACCCUUAUGAGGAUCCCACUGCCCACCCGAAGCCACACAGAGAGAAGAAAGAGCAUAAAUAGGAGCGAGGUGAGGCAGAUGCCUGCACUGCCCCGGGGAGGUGGAGAAGAGUUGGCACGAGAGGAGCAAGUGUCUAGUCGGAGAAAACAACUUGAAGACUACCUAAACAAGCUGCUGAGGAUGGCAAUGUACCGAAAAUACUAUGCAACCAUGGAGUUUAUUGAUGUGAGCCAGUUGUCCUUCAUUCAGGACUUGGGCCCCAAGGGCUUAGAAGGCAUUGUUUAUAAAAGGUCAGGAGGUCACCGUAUCCCAGGCUUGAACUGCUGUGGCCACAAUGAAGUCUGCUACCGCUGGUCCAAGAGGUGGCUUAUUGUGAAGGACUCUUUUCUGCUGUACAUGAAGCCAGACACAGGUGCCAUUUCAUUCGUCUUGCUGGUGGACAAUGAGUUCACGAUCAAAAUGGACUCCAAAUACACCGAGACCAAGCAUGGAGUGAGGAUAGAGAACUUGUCCAGGAAACUAGUGCUGAAAUUCACUAGUUAUAGACACGCACGGUGGUGGGGUCAGGCUAUUGAAAGCUUUGUCCGGAAACAUGGCAAGCCUUUUUUAAGGACCCACCGCUUUGGAUCAUUCGCCAGAGAGGAGGAGAACAUACCCUCUAAAUGGUAUGUGAAUGGCAAAACCUACAUGGAGGAUGUCGCAAAUGCUCUGGAGGAGGCCAAAGAGGAGAUCUUCAUCACAGACUGGUGGCUGAGCCCUGAGAUCUUUCUGAAGAGGCCUGUAGUGGAAGGCAAUCGCUGGAGGCUCGACUGCAUUUUGAAGCGCAAGGCUCAACAAGGAGUGAAGAUCUUUGUUAUGCUGUAUAAGGAAUUGGAGUUGGCACUUGGCAUCAACAGUGAAUACAGCAAAAGAACACUAAUCCAUCUUCACCCAAAUAUUAAGGUGAUGCGGCAUCCUGAUCACGUGUCCUCUUCUGUUUACUUAUGGGCACAUCACGAAAAGAUUGUAGUCAUCGACCAAUCAGUUGCUUUCGUUGGGGGAAUUGACCUUGCGUAUGGCCGCUGGGAUGACCGUGAGCACCGACUGACAGAUGUGGGAAGUGUAACACGCUCUGUCACUCAGUCCAUGGAGCAGGGACUGGAUUCAUCCACACCCAGGAAAAAAGUGUCCACCAGUGGAAACAGCAGCCGGUCGAUGGCUGGUGACUCAGUGGACCUGCCCAAACUAAAAGGCAUUGGCCGCACUCGCAAAACACGUUUCAGUCUGUACCAUCACAUCCAUCGAGGCCUUCACCAUGCUGACAGCAUCAGUAGCAUCGACAGCACAAACAAGAAUGGCUCAGUGCACAGUCUUCAGACCGGAGUGGGAGAGCUGAUGGGAAACACACGCUUUUGGCACGGCAAAGACUACUGCAACUUUGUCUACAGAGACUGGGUUCGGCUGGACAAGCCUUUUGAUGAUUUUAUUGACAGGUACACAACCCCCAGAAUGCCCUGGCAUGACAUCUCCUCCGUGGUGCAUGGGAAAGCAGCCAGAGAUGUGGCCAGGCAUUUUAUACAGCGCUGGAACUUCACCAAGAUAAUGAAGCCAAAGUACAGAUCACUUUCCUACCCAUUUCUCCUUCCCAAAUCUCACAGCACUGCCAGUGAUCUAAAGUACCAAGUGCCAGGCUGUGUCCAAACCAAAGUCCAGGUUCUGCGGUCAGCUGCAGACUGGUCGGCGGGAAUCAAGCACCAUGAGGAGUCCAUUCAUAAUGCCUACAUUCAGGUCAUUGCCAAGAGCAAGCACUUCAUCUACAUUGAGAACCAGUUCUUCAUCAGCUGUGCCGAUAACAAACAUGUUUACAACAAGAUUGGUGACGCCAUUAUUGAGCGAAUCAUCAGAGCUCACAAGGAGAAGAAGCCAUUCCGUGUGUAUGUGGUGACUCCCCUGCUGCCUGGAUUCGAGGGAGACAUUUCCACAGGAGGAGGAAGUGCACUCCAGGCUGUUAUGCAUUUCAACUACAGGACCAUGAACAGAGGAGAGUACUCCAUAAUCGCUCAGCUGAAGAAAGAAAUGGAUGACCAAUGGAUGAACUACAUCUCUAUUUGUGGUCUGAGGACUCAUGCGGAGCUGGAAGGCAGACUGGUGACUGAGCUCAUCUAUGUUCAUAGCAAGCUGCUCAUUGCUGAUGAUAACACUGUCAUUAUUGGCUCUGCCAACAUCAACGACCGCAGCAUGCUGGGGAAAAGGGACAGCGAGGUAGCUGUGAUUUUUGAAGAUUCGGAAACUACGCCAUCAGUGAUGGAUGGUCAAGAGUACAAGGCUGGCAAGUUUGCUCUGCAGCUCAGACUGGAGUGCUUCAAAACCAUUCUUGGUGCCUUUGAUGAUCCCACCAUUGAUGUCAGUGACCCCAUCAGCAACGGAUUCUACAAAGACGUCUGGAUGAGCAUUUCGGGUCGGAACGCCACCAUCUACGACAAGGUUUUCCGCUGUCUGCCCUCAAGUCUGGUAAGGAACAAACAUGAGCUCAUGAGCUUCCAGUUCAAACCAGGUCUUGAUAAAGAGGACCCUGUUAAAGCUCUGGAGCUGCUGAAGAAGAUUAGAGGCUUCCUGGUCCAGUUCCCUCUGGAGUUCCUCUGUGAGGAGAACCUCAUGCCCUCAGUAGGCACCAGAGAAGCCAUGGUGCCUACUGAGAUCUGGACCUGAUGGCACCAAAUAAGAAGCACAAAAACGACAAUCCACUUCCAACAUGAGGGGAAAAGCAAAGACACCAUUAUGGUGGACAAAACUUCUCCAGUUGAUAAGAAGGAGCAACAGAUAUGAAGACAAACUGUCCAUCCAUUGUCAGAUCAUCAGUUUCAUAUUGUUUUGUAUUUUUAUCAAUGUUAUAAAUAUACAUAAUGAUAUUUUAUAAGUGAUUAUCAGCACAUAUUGUGCUUUUCCUACAAUGUAUUUAAUGAAAGUCGCCUCUCUGAUAUGCCAAACAGAAGGGCUUUUUAAAUAAAUAUUUUCAUUCUAAUGUA